AUCUGUAUUAAAAUUUGAUUAAUUUAAAUUUGUUUUGCAUACGACCCCAUUCAAGGGGAAGCAUUUUCUAUCAAAGAUUUUUUUUAAUAUUAAGGAUUCGAACUUAAGACUUCUGAUCAAAUAAAAAAAAUUAUUUACUGCACUAGAUCGUUCGGCGGUAAUUCAAUUCUCUUAUCACUUGUAUUGCUUUCUCUUAAACCUUAUAUAUACUUGAGAAAUUUUUGCUUGUUCAUAUUGGAAAAAUAUAAUGGGUCUUUUCAUGAGCUGCAUGGGAGAAGGUUAUUAUUCCGAGAUGUCAAGAGUGUACGUUGGAAAUCUUGAUCCUAGGGUCACUGAAAGAGAACUAGAAGAUGAAUUCCGUGUCUUUGGAGUUAUAAGAAGUGUUUGGGUUGCAAGACGCCCACCUGGUUAUGCUUUUAUUGACUUUGAUGACCGUAGAGACGCACAAGACGCAAUCAGGGAUCUAGAUGGUAAGAAUGGAUGGAGAGUGGAGCUCUCACAUAAUUCUAGAGGAGAAAGGGGUGGGGGCCGUGGAGGGGGUCGUGGUCGUUCUGGAGGUUCUGAUUUGAAGUGCUAUGAGUGUGGUGAGUCUGGUCAUUUUGCUCGUGAAUGCAGAGUGCGAGGAGGUCCAGGUCCUGGUAAACGUAGAAGUCGUAGCCCCCCUAGAUAUCGGAGGAGUCCAAGUUAUGGUCACAGGAGUUAUAGUCCUCGUGGACGUUCCCCCAGGCGCCGAAGUGUGUCACCUCGUGGCCGUAGUUAUAGCCGAUCUCCAUAUCGUGGAAGAGAUGAAGUUCCUUACUCCAAUGGAAAUGGUGUCAGGGACCGAAUCAGAAGCAGGAGCUGAACGGAGAAGUUGAUUACUUGUCUCAUUCAGGAGUUUUUCGAUGUGUGUUAACAUUACUAUGCUUGACUUGAUCACAGCUGUGUAAGUGAGGCCGUGCCCUCAACUUCAACGGCUUUUAUUUUCGUAUGGUAUUAUAAGUGUGUUUUUUAAAUUCUUAACUUUUCCCCCUUUUAAGAACCAUUAUGUUAGGGACAUAGACCUUUUGUACUUUAUGGCAUCUAUUAUCUUUAGAAAAGAAAUAUCCUAAAGAAUGCUGCUAAAAAUUUACUUUUGUUUUCUUGUGUCGAGGUGUCUUCACGGUACUCUGCUUCGUUGGUUUUCUGCUCCCACACUCUGUGGUUUCGUUCUUCACUGCCCUGCUGUGGGAUCUUCAAUUUCAAUGAUUGUGGAUCCCAGCUAGCUACAUCACUAGAUGCUUCUGUUUGAUUGAAUCUCUGCUGCUAUGACACGCCUCACUUCAAAGUGUAGUGGUAUAUUAAAAGUAGAUAUUAAAGAUGAUGAAUGGCAUCACAGUCAUAUGACGGUACCUAAUCUGUUACCGAGAGGUUGAGAAACUCACAUUCUUGUUAAACAAUUGAUCGCCACAUCAGCAAGGUCAUUGGGCCGGUAUCUGAAAGCUUACUCAGUGGAAGUUCAUGGCAUCAAGAGUUGCAUGUAACAUCCUAGGUCCUGUGAUUAUUCCCUUUCUUUUAUGCUCUGCUUUUAGCCUCUUUCUUUUUUGCUCCCUUUUAAAAUUUCAAUUAUUUGCUUCUCUUUUUAUCCCAUUUUAAACUAUUUUUCUGUGUCUUUUCCUUUCAUCGUAUUCUUUUAUCAAAAUCUUUUUUUCCCCAUAAAUGUCUCUCCCUUCAUUGAAGGAGAAGUGAACAAUAUUUCUUCAAAAUAUUUCCUUUCAUCUCUGUACUUCUCCGUACAAGUUUUGUUGUUUCCUUUUUAUGAAUUGGCCUUUGCGCCCUAUUAAAACUCAAUUUUGAAAGAUUUGCAUGAGAUUGGUGUUACACUUCGCAUCCUUUUUUGAACUACUUUUACUUUUAUUUCCUUAAAAUUGUCUUGUAUUGCAAAAUCUGUUUCUCUAUUUUGCUUUCUGCUGGAGACAAAAUGGUUUAUGAAUUUAUUUCCGUUGCUUUAAAAUUUUAGAAGAGGGUGAAUUUAUCUGGCGAGUCUAUUUGAAUCGUCAUUUGAAGCACCUAUAUUAGAUUGGUUCAUUGCAUAUUAGCAGGAACCAAUGUACUUGUUGCUCUGGUUUUGAUCAAUGAAUCUGCUCUUACUCCAUGGGAAACUUCAUUGAGCUUUACUUGCUUCGUACCCGGUUUUCUUCUUCCACAACACCUGCGGCUUGAUUUUGCUAGCUUCAAGUUGUUAAAGCAACAUCUCAUUGACCCUUUAUCCGUCUUCUCAAAUUGCCUGCUUGCUAGAUCUUUGAGUGAGUACUGUGAUCUAUUUUGUAUUCUAAUGGCUUGAAAAUUUCAAGCAACUUUUUACCUUCGAAAUAUGGUUGUUACUUGUCGUAACAUUA